AAGCAUACAGCGCGCAACUUUUGACGUUGUGAAGUUUUCCACGACAAAGCGAGCUAGUGGUUUAUCAAGGAAACAACUCUUCUGGUUGGAGACGUGGCUCUGCCCGCCUGCCAUAUUGACGCACUAGCAACAAACAAGUUAGCUAGCUAUCCAACUAUAUUUUAUUUCUGAAGGCUCUUUAGAUAUACUGGAACUCGACUGAGCAAACACCGUCGAAGAUUGAAGAUAGUUUUCCUAAAGAUAAACUAAAAAUGGUGCUUUUGGCCGCGGCGGUGUGCACCAAGGCAGGCAAAGCAAUCGUGUCACGGCAGUUUGUGGAGAUGACCCGGACGCGUGUCGAGGGCCUUCUGGCCGCCUUCCCCAAGCUCAUGGGCAUGGGCAAGCAGCACACGUUUGUGGAGACGGAGAGCGUGCGCUACGUCUACCAGCCCUUGGAGAAGCUCUACAUGGUGCUGAUCACCACCAAGAACAGUAACAUCCUGGAAGACCUGGAGACACUACGGCUCUUCUCACGCGUGAUCCCAGAGUACUGCCGUGUGCUGGAGGAAGGGGAGAUCUCAGACCACUGUUUCGACCUGAUAUUCGCCUUCGACGAGAUCGUGGCCUUGGGCUACAGGGAGAACGUCAACCUGGCCCAGAUCCGCACCUUCACCGAGAUGGACUCUCACGAGGAGAAGGUGUUCCGGGCAGUCAGAGAGACCCAGGAGCGAGAGGCCAAGGCAGAGAUGCGGCGAAAGGCCAAAGAGCUGCAGCAGGUCAGGCGAGACGCCGAGCGCUCGGGGAAGAAGGUCCCGGCCUUCGGCGGCUUCGGCAGCGCCGGGAUGAGCAGCAUGUCCUCAGGGUCUAUCAUCACAGACACCAUCAUCGAACCCGAGAAACCCAAGAUGGCUCCCGGCCCAGUCAGGCCGACCGGAUCCAGCAAAGCCCUCAAGCUGGGCGCCAGGGGGAAAGAGGUGGACAACUUUGUGGACAAGCUCAGGGGGGAGGGGGAAACCAUCACGUCCAACACAGGGAAAAGGCCUUCACUUGCAUCCAAUGUCCUACCGCCACCAGUUAAUGUGGAGAGUGUCCACAUGAGAGUUGAGGAGAAGAUCACCCUGACCUGUGGACGUGACGGAGGUCUACAGAACAUGGAGCUUCUGGGCAUGAUCACCCUGAGAGUGACCGACGACAAGGUCGGCCGCAUCCGCCUAAUGGUCAACAACUACGACAAGAAGGGAGUACAACUGCAGACGCAUCCCAACGUGGAUAAGAAGCUCUUCACUUCAGACUCUGUGAUUGGUCUGAAGAACCCCGAGAAGUCUUUCCCCCUCAACAACGAUGUGGGGGUGCUGAAGUGGAGGCUCCAAAGCACAGACGAGGCCCUCAUACCUCUAACCAUAAACUGCUGGCCUUCAGAGAGUGCUACUGGCUGCGACGUGAACAUUGAAUAUGAACUGCAGGAGGAGAGCCUUGAACUCAACGAUGUAGUUAUUGCUAUCCCUAUACCGUCUGGAGUUGGGGCACCUGUGGUAGGAGAUGUGGACGGAGAGUAUAAGCACGACAGCAGACGGAACGUUCUAGAGUGGAGCCUACCUGUCAUAGAUGCCAAAAACAAAAGUGGCAGCCUGGAGUUCAGUGUCGCCGGGCAACCCAACGACUUCUUCCCCGUCAACGUGUCCUUCGUAUCCAUACGCAAUUAUUGCGACAUACAGGUUGCCAAAGUGACUCACGUAGAAGGAGACGCACCAGUAAAAUUCUCUUUAGAAACUUCGUUCCUCGUCGACAAAUACGAGAUCCUGUAAAAAAUCUACGUCAAAGCUCCAGAGAAGACAAAAUAAAUACUUGCCUGCCCGCCCGCCCGUGUAACAUUUGAGACUGUACACAUCAACAGGACUCAGCCCUUCAAAAAACCCUCCGGCGGCGGAGUGCAGUAUUGGUGUAUUUAUGUUUGUAUGAGAGAGAAAAAGAUCUACAGUAUAUAUAGAAUUAAAUGUAACGGGCAGCGAACAUGCUGUUAUCUGCCGAGGAGAGGUGGGAUGACCAAAGGGGCAGCAGAAGAGGGAGAUGGUGCUCUUGGUUAAGUGGUGAGGGGGGAACGGUACUAGCUACAGACAAGCAUCAGGGAUGUGUUCAUUAGGACAAAAAAAAAGUAUGUUUUGUAACAGAAAACGAAAUAUUAGCCUAUCUCAUUUGCAGAAAACUAAAAAUAGCCUUUCUAAUUAUACAAGUCCAGGUAGUCCCUCCCUGAUUCAGUCAGUUUUGUUCUGUUUGGUGCCUAAUGAACAUUACCCUGUUGUGUUGGCUGAGAGCUGGUCAGUAUUCAGCUGGUUCAUCUCACUGCUUUUGAGGUUGAGAAAUUAAAAUCAUCCCCACCUGCAAAGAAUCAUGCAUCCUCUACCAGAGCCAUUUUGUCUUUUAUACAUUGAACAUUAAACAUAGGACCAGAUUUAGAAGAAAGCAGGACUACUCAAGUGGUCUUUCAUGUUUUGUUUUUUUGUAUCAUAAAUGCAGGUUCACUAGAAAUCAAUUUUAAUGCCGCCUGUUUACCCACUAAAGGCAGGUUUUUUCAUCCGAUUGAUUCAUCUCAAUAUGUAGCUUCAGGUGUUGGCUGUGGUAUUGACAAACUGUUAAGAUUGAAAAGAGUAAGCACACAAUAUGGUUGCAUCGAUCUGUCCAGUUAGUCCUCUAACUGUUGACAUUAACCUGUUCUCUCAUUGCUUUUAACUUGUCCUUUGUGUUCUGUAGACAUACGUAGAAAUGCAGUAAACAUCGGCACUAUAAAUGGUUUUUGGUAUUUUCUUUCCCCCUUUUCAAAAUUCUACUCAAAUCUCAAGUAUGAACUGUUCAUCUCUUCCCAACAUAGACAUAGUUAUUGAAAACCAGACAGUCAAACCAUGAGAAGAACAGUCAAUUUACAAGGCAAACCACUGCAUUUGUGGCUGUAGGAGUUCUUGAAAUGUAAUCAAUUGAAAGCUCCAUAGCAAGCUCACCGUUUACUAUUUACAAACUUAUGUUGUUGAAAAGGUAGAUCUGAUCAGUAUACUAUGGUCCAUAUCAGUUCUGUGUUUUUCCUUCAGUCAUCAAACCAACAUCAAUAGAGGGAAUACUUUGGUCCUAUUGCAAGGAUGAUUCUGCUGACAGUGACACCACCUCCCUCGUAUUACUCCAGUCAGUCAUUUACUCCCAUGACGAGCGAAUGCUCUCCUUUAAAAUCCUCUUCAUAAGGACAACGUAGUGGUUAUGUUUUUGUUUUUGUUUUUAUGUGUUGUUUUUAUUCCUGAAAUUUGAAUGCUGUUGGUUAUAUAAUGGGUUUUGAAGAUGGCUAGAUGGGACAUUUUAACUACAGAAAUAGAGGGGGAAUCAUAACAUUCCAGUAUAACAUUUGAAAAAAUUAUUUAAUUGAUUAAAGUGUAUUCAACUUUG